AUGGCGCCGAGCUGGCUCAAGAAAGCCGUCAGAUUCCCAAAACACGCCGUCCCGCAGGAGCCAGCCGUGGCCUCUUCUUCCUCGUCGACGGCUCAGCUAACCCCCUCUGUGCCCGCUUCUACCGACCCCGAGGACAACGCCCAGUCACCAGGCCUACAAGAACGGCUGUGGAACCGAGCAUACGACCAAGUCAAGUUGAGCGACUCCAAAAUAGUCGAGGUUUACGAGAAGAUCCUGUCGAAUCAACUCCGCCAGGAAGAGUCGGCUCCCGCCUCGGAACCAACCGAAAACAAGAUUGGACAGACUCAAGAGACGAGAUGGCACCAAAUGAGGCAGCUGGUUUAG